AUGACCCCCAGCGCAGACACAAUCCAGGCAGCGAACCCCGACAUACUAAUCAGCUGUGCACGGCGAUCCGGGACGCGGCCCGAGUACUUCGACCUGGGCAGCGAGCACGCCUGGGCGGGCACGUGCAAGAUCGUCUGGGAGCUGCAUUUGUAUGGUAGUAGCGACUGGCGAGGACAUGGACACGGGGACCUGCGCGGUUAUCGCUACGAGGCGGCGCUGUACCGGCAUGGCUAG